AUGGAUUCUUCAAGUGAAAGUUCGGAUGAUGAUGAUUACAGUAUUCUUGGUGAUGCAUUACGUGAUGUUGCAUCUUACAAUAAAACUGGCGAAAUUAGCUGGGAUGCUUGCAAGGAAUUUGUAGACCGACCAAAUGUGCAGGCAGUAGCUUUCUAUAAUCUUAUCAAAUACAGCCUGUUGAUGUUCACGCUACCAUUCAUUGCAAUGUAUUCUUUCUAUCUUUUCAUUAAAGAUCAUGUCGGAUGGUCACCAUCUUCCGCUCUUAUACCUGCUGCUGUUGUUGCAGUUUUAGUCGUUUAUUUGGUGAUCGCUGUGUUUGUAUAUGUAGCAUACAAAGAAGAAAAAAAUGAUGCGGAACUGCAAGAAAUUAUGAAGAAACGGGAAUAG